GUUUAUUUGACAAUUCUGCCUAUGUUACUUGCUUUGGAAGUAUUUACUCGGUAGUACCAAUAGAAAGUGACUGAAAAUCACAAAACGGUUCCGGCGGAGUACGGCGGCGGCCAUGGAUUCAAGAGAGCAUCGUCGGCAUCACUUCGCCAUGUUUCCGUGGCUUGCGUACGGCCACAUGUUUCCUUUCCUCCAGCUAGCCAACGACCUCGCCAAAAGAGGCCACUCUGUCUCCUUCUUACUCCCUCAAACCGCUCGCCGCAGACUAUCCCACGCCAAUCUUCACCCUCACCUCAUCACCUUUCAUUCUCUUUCAGUCCCUCACGUUGAAGGUCUCCCUCAUGGGGCUGAGACCACAUCUGAUACGAAUAAUGCAAUAGCGCUGUUGUUAGCCAUGGACGGAAUGCAGGAUCAGGUAAAGGCGGUGCUCAAGGUGGAGAAGCCAAAUUUCGUAUUCUUUGAUUUUGCCGAUUGGAUACCAAAUAUAGCCUCAGAGAUAGGCUGCAAGACGGUAUUUUUCAGUGUCGUUAGCCCUGCAUCAUCUGCAAUCGCUCUGCUAACCUCCACAAACAAAGAGAAGCCAUUGAAAUCGUCUGAUCUUAUAGAAUCUCUCCUAAGCUACCCUUCUUCUGAUGUGCCCAUUCUUCGCGAACACGAAGCACGCUCAUUGGCAUUGCUAGCUAGUCAACCCAACAACAAUAUAAGAAAGAUCGUCAGUAAGAGUGUAUCCGGAGCCAAACAUAGUGAUGCAUUGGCAGUGAGAACCUGCAAAGAAAUCGAAGGCGUCCAUUGCAACAACCUGUCAAUGCUCUACGGGAAAUUAGUGUUUUGCACUGGCCCUCUCUUCCCCGAACCAAGAAAAGAGCCGUUAGAUGACACAAUUUCAAUCUUUCUCAACAAAUUUAAUCGUGCUUCUGUGGUUUUCUGCUCAUUUGGAAGUGAACUUGUUCUUGAAAUUAACCAUUUCCAAGAACUUGUCCUAGGCCUGGAACUCACAGGGCUACCCUUUCUUCUGGCUGGCAUUAAACCGCCAAAAGGGACAGCUUCCAUUCAAGAAGCCUUACCAGAGGGAUUCCAGGAAAGGGUAAUAGGAAAGGCAAUGUUGUAUGAAGGGUGGGUUCCCCAAACUCAGAUUCUAAUGCACAUAUCAAUUGGGUGCUUUGUGAGUCACGGUGGGUCCGCCUCAAUGUGGGAAUCUUUCUUGAGUGACUGCCCAAUAGUGUUUAUGCCAACAAGGAUAGACUAUGCUCUGAAUGCCAGGCUCAUGACUGAAGAGCUUCAGCUUGCAGUGGAAGUGGAAAUGGAAAAGGGUGAAAAUGGUUGGUUUUCAAAGGAGAGGAUUAGCAGAGGUGUUAAGACAGCCAUGGAUGAAGAGCGCAAGCUGGGUGGUCUGUUGAAGAAGAACCACACGAAGUGGAGGGAUUUGUUUUUGAGCAAUGGAUUUGCCGACAGUUACAUUGACAAAUUCAUUCAGAAUUUGGGUGAAGAAACUUUCGGAUUGUAAGAUUUUGUGUGUGUUGUGAUUUGAGAAGUUAUUAAAAUUAUACCGUAGUAGUAUACUAGUAUUGAACAUGAUGAUAAAUGUAAUGAUGGUAACAAUGGUGAUAAAUGUAAUUUGUUUGAU